AUGGAUAGAUGUACUGACAGCACCAGAGGCUCGCCGCCAGUUUUGUCCCCUCAAGUUUUGAAACAGGCUUAUAGUGGUUGUGCACAGAAUUUACCAGAUAAGAACCCGCAUGCAAAAUGCUACUUAUGUGUCAGUUGUGUGCGGGGUUCGGGUUUACAUCAUCCACCCUCUUUGAUGGGGAGAUGGCAGUGCAGUAUCGAGCUUCGGGGUGUAACAAGCCAGAUGGUUCAGGGCGAAAUCGCUGGCCAGUUGGCCGCUGCCAAGGAUGACAUCACAUCAGCUGUUGAAAAUCUAAAGAUAGGUGAAGGCAAUGUGGAGACCAGUCUUGAUGAAAUGUUACGAAGUGUAAAUGAUAAUGCCUCUGUGAGUAACAAGCUAUGUUCAUUGAAUGUAUUGGAAGUAAUCGCUAAGCAGCUAGAGGUCUCUAAGGAUAUUGCAUGCUUGGCUAAGAUGUCACAGUUAGUUGCAGAAAUGACGAAAACUGAGUCUAUUCGUAAGCCAUGUGUGGAGGCUGGUCUGAUUCCACCAUUGGUUAAUAUAAUGAAUCAUGAAGACACAGAGGUUGUAUUACAGACAUCAAGAGCUCUGGGCAAUAUAUGUUUUGAUAAUGAUGAGGCAAGAGCUUUGAUAGACCAAUCAGGAGGCUUGGAAAAGUUAAUGGAUUUGAUGAAAAAUAGGUGUUUAUCUACAAGUGACAAUGCAAAUCAGAAACUUAGAGUUGUUGUCUGUGGACAUUUACUGAACCUAACAAAUUCUAAUGAGAGCAUUCAUAGUAAAAUUUUCUCCCUUGGUGCAAUAUCAGCUUUACAAGAGUUUUUAUCUAAGUUUUCAAAUGACGUGUCUUUAUGUGAAAUGGUUCUUUUAUGUUUAGAUAGUCUUCUAGAAACAGAAAGUGGAAGAAUGGAGUUGUCCUCGAGUGGAAUUAUUGAAAUCUUGGUUCAGCUUUUACAACAACAUGAUGAUGAAGAGAUUCAUGAAACCAUAUUAGAAAUUAUAUCAGUGCUUGCAGAGAAUGCCAGCGAAAAAAAACAAUUGGAAAGCAGAAGCGGGUGGGAGGUUGGGCAAAAUGAGAACUGUAUUAGAUUCCAAGUAGAGACAUGGCUCCUAACACUGUGGUGCCAAAUGGAGAGAUGGCUCCUAACACUGUGGGGCCAAGUGGAGACAUGGCUCCUAACACUGUGGUGCCAAAUGGAGAGAUGGCUCCUAACACUGUGGGGCCAAGUGGAGACAUGGCUCCUAACACUGUGGUGCCAAUUGGAGACUUGGCUCUCAACACUGUGGGGCCAAGUGGAGACAUGGCUCCUAACACUGUGGGGCCAAGUGGAGACAUGGCUCCUAAUACUGGUGCCAAGUGGAGACAUGGCUCCUAACACUGUGGUGUCAAGUGGAGACAUGGCUCCUAACACUGGUGUCAAUGGAGACAUGGCUCCUAACACUGUGGUGCCAAGUGGAGACAUGGCUCCUAACACUGUGGGGCCAAACGGAGAGAUGGCUCCUAACACUGUGGGGCCAAGUGGAGACAUGGCUCCUAACACUGUGGUGCCAAUUGGAGACUUGGCUCUCAACACUGUGGGGCCAAGUGGAGACAUGGCUCCUAAUACUGACUUGGCUCUCAACACUGUGGUGCCAAGUGGAGACAUGGCUCCUAACACUGUGGUGCCAAGUGGAGACUUGGCUCUCAACACUGUGGGGCCAAGUAGAGACAUGGCUCCUAACACUGUGGUGCCAAUUGGAGACUUGGCUCUCAACACUGUGGGGCCAAGUAGAGACAUGGCUCCUAACACUGUGGUGCCAAGUGGAGACAUGGCUCCUAACACUGUGGUGUCAAUGGAGACAUGGCUCCUAACACUGUGGGUGGAGACAUGGCUCCUAACACUGUGGUGCCAAAUGGAGAGAUGGCUCCUAACACUGUGGGGCCAAGUGGAGACAUGGCUCCUAACACUGUGGUGCCAAUUGGAGACUUGGCUCUCAACACUGUUGGGCCAAGUGGAGACAUGGCUCCUAACACUGGUGCCAAGUGGAGACAUGGCUCCUAACACUGUGGUGCCAAGUGGAGACAUGGCUCCUAACACUGUGGUGUCAAUGGAGACAUGGCUCCUAACACUGUGGUGCCAAGUGGAGACAUGGCUCCUAACACUGGUGCCAAGUGGAGACAUGGCUCCUAACACUGUGGUGCCAAGUGGAGACAUGGCUCCUAACACUGUGGUGCCAAGUGGAGACAUGGCUCCUAACACUGUGGUGCCAAGUGGAGACAUGGCUCCUAACACUGUGGGGCCAAGUGGAGACAUGGCUCCUAACACUGUGCAUGACAUGGCUCCUAACACUGUGGUGCCAAGUGGAGACAUGGCUUCUAACACUGUGGUGCCAAGUGGAGACAUGGCUCCUAACACUGUGGGGCCAAGUGGAGACAUGGCUUCUAACACUGUGGUGCCAAGUGGAGACAUGGCUUCUAACACUGUGGUGCCAAGUGGAGACAUGGCUCCUAACACUGUGGGGCCAAGUGGAGACAUGGCUUCUAACACUGUGGUGCCAAGUGGAGACAUGGCUCCUAACACUGUGGUGCCAAGUGGAGACAUGGCUCCUAACACUGUGGUGCCAAACAUGGCUCCUAACGCUGUGGUGCCAAGUGGAGACAUGGCUCCUAACACUGUGGUGCCAAGUGGAGACAUGGCUUCUAACACUGUGGUGCCAAGUGGAGACAUGGCUCCUAACACUGUGGGGCCAAGUGGAGACAUGGCUCCUAACACUGUGGUGCCAAGUAGAGACAUGACUUCUAACACUGUGGUGCCAAGUGGAGACAUGGCUCCUAACACUGUGGUGCCAAGUACAGACAUGACUCCUAACACUGUGGUGCCAAGUAGAGACAUGACUUCUAACACUGUGGUACCAAGUGGAGACAUGGCUCCUAACACUGUGGUGCCAAGUAGAGACAUGACUCCUAACACUGUGGUGCCAAGUAGAGACAUGACUUCUAACACUGUGGUGCCAAGUGGAGACAUGGCUCCUAACACUGUGGUGCCAAGUAGAGACAUGACUCCUAACACUGUGGGGUCAAGUGGAGACAUGACUCCUAACACUGUGGUGUCAAUGGAGACAUGGCUUCUAACACUGUGGUGCCAAGUGGAGACAUGGCUCCUAACACUGUGGUGCCAAGUGGAGACAUGGCUCCUAACACUGUGGUGCCAAGUGGAGACAUGGCUCCUAACACUGUGGGGCCAAGUAGAGACAUGGCUUCUAACACUGGUGCCGAUGGAGACAUGGCUCCUAACAAUGUGGUGCCAAAUGGAGACAUGGCUCCUAACACUGUGGUGCCAAUGGAGACUUGGCUGUUAUCUUGUGAAAGUGAAGUUUUCAAAAUAUCAUUUAGCUGAGAUUUUAGCCGGGUUUAUGAAUUCCCAUCGUGGCUACCAAGCCAAUUUCUCACACAAAAGUCGCCGAAGCAGUGAAGCAUUCAGUUUAGAGAAAGCAGCUACUGACAUAAUUGUACUCCUGUUAACAGAAGAUGAAAGUAUGAACCUUAUUUUUAAUAAUGGAAAUGGACAAGUUUUAAAGGAAGUGAUGAUAUGGUUACAGUCACCUAGCAACCAGAGAAAAAUAUCUGGUGCCUUAGUUAUUGGAAACUUUGCACGAAGUGAUGAGCACUGCAUAAAACUGGUUGAAUGUGGAGUUCUGAAACCAUUACAAGAUGUUUUACAGACACCAACUGGCUCCACAGAGACAGACAUGAAGUUACAGCAUGCUGUACUCAGUGCUUUUAGAAAUCUUGCUAUUCCAGCUGUUAACAAAGCUAUCAUGUUGAAGUGUGGCGUUCUAGACACUGUGCUGUCACUGAUUAGAACAGACAUGACACCAGUGCAGUUUAAACUACUAGCUACAAUUCGAAUGUUAGUGGAUGGACAAGCAAGUGCUGCUGUACAGGUAGGAGGAAAUCGUGCAAUUGUGAAACGAAUCGUUGAGUUAUGUGAUGCACCAGACCAUGCAGGAGUGGCAGGUGAAGCUAACAGACUAAUUGCAGCACUCGUCAAGAAUUCUAGUUCCAUCGAUGUGAUGGAGGUAAUUGUCAGCUCAGAUGGGUUGCCACAUGCAGUAACCAUGGCAACAUCUGAAUACAUGCUUAUGCAGAAUGAGGCAUUGGUUGCCAUGACAUUGAUUGCAUCACAAACUCUGGAGACUACAGAGUCUGUUUUCAUCAGCUGUAAUAUAACUCAGUUAUUACAAAGAUUGUUGUCAGAAUCUGAUACGCAGCCAGAAGUCACGGUUAAUGUGUUGACGUUGACAGAAAUGUUUCUACAAUCUGCAACUCUGAAAAAACUUAUCAAGGAAAAUGGAAUCGAUAGCAUUGUUAAAAAGCUUUGUUCCCAUGACAAUCACCUGAUUAAAGACAAAGCUAAAGUGGUUCAUCAUAAAAUGAAAUCAUGA